UCGUCAUUACUUCAGGAGGCUCCCUCUCAGUACUCAAGCAAUCCAAACGAGCCUAGUCAUUCGAAUAUAGGCCCUCUUCUCGCGGCUGCAGGAGUUGCGUCUACUGACCAAAGUCAGCAACCACCCGGACAGAUUUCGGCAAUCCAAGCUCUUUCUCACUUUCAGCCUCAUCAAGAGCAUUCCCAUUAUCAGCAACAACAAAUUUCCCUGCAUCAAAUUGGACUGGCGGUACUAUCAGGCUUGAUUAAUAACCAAUCCGCUUCCACUGCAGCCACAGCCUUGGCAACGCUUGCGGGUACUCCACAUCCGCCGCCUUCUACCGCAAUAUCUUCAGCCCAUUUGAGGCCUCUGUCAUCAUCACCAUCUUUCCCAUCCUAUGCGGCAGCGGCAGCUGCGGCCGUCGCUGCCGCCUCAGUAGCGAACACUUAUGCUAUUCGACCCGCUAGCGGCCGUUAG